ACAUCUUGCACCAUUUAUCUGAGAAUUGUUUCCUUUUAGCCCUCUGUUUCACUACCUUUUUCUAUUUCCUGCUCUGUGACGUUGCGACUUGUCUCGUUCCUGGCUGAUUCCACGCGAGCACAGCUAACGUUAGCGGAGGUUGCAUUAAGGUUUAUAGCGGUCACAGGACUCAUGAACAUGUUGUCCAAAGUAGAACAAAAAUGGAUAAGUUUGACCCUGAGGCAACUUUGGACAACAGCUAUGGCAGCUCCCAAGGUCCGUCUUUCCACACUUCCUCCGGAACCUGUCAUCCCCUCUAAGAAGCCUUUCAAAGUGGAGCUGGUGGGGGGAAAGCGUUACGCCUGGUGCACCUGUGGACACAGCAAGAAACAGCCUCUCUGCGACGGAGCCCACAAAACCAAAGGCCACGGCUUGUCGCCGCUACGCUUUGUCCCCGAGAAAGACGCCACGGUGUGGUUGUGUGGUUGCAAGUACACAAACAACCCACCUUACUGCGACGGCACGCACAAGCAGGACUUCAUCGUGUCUGCCCCACUACAUGAACAAACAGACUCUUGAAAGUGACAGCAGUGCUGUCUUUGAACUGAGCAUUCAUGUUGCUGUUGCAUUCCCACUUGGUACAUCAGUGCACGCUAUGAAAGCAGCACAUGAUCGACUCAUGGCUCAUGACAAGUGUUUGAAUCUUGUGUCUUGUCAGUCUCAUCCCUGUGCUUGAUGGAGAAGAGUGGCGACGAAACGGUUAACACCACAGCCCUCAACUUCAUUUGUCCUUGCUUUCUGGCGUUUCUAUGGAAGAGACAAUGUUUCAUAAAGAACAGGGUCGGACAAUAUGGUGAUAUACUGCAUUAUGAUAGAGGGAGAGAGAGAUUUUACCAUGCUGUUUGUACUGAAGUGGCUGAAUGAUCUUUGUUGUAUUAGGCCAUUGGGGGCAAUGUUGCAAAUAAGCAGUACUGGAAAUCCAUAUGAAAAGGUGUUAGAGAUGGGGUGUACAGGCUAAGAGGUUUAACAUCUAAAGAAUGGUUUACCAGGAGAUAACCGUGAAGGUUUGAUAGUGCAGAACAACUACAGU